AGCCGGCUUCGCCGCUGGCGCUGUGUGUAUGUGCGACGGCGCUCUCGGCGCUUGAAGCACGAGGGAAGCCGCGCGAACCGAGCCGCACUUUUGGCGCAACGCCGCCGCCGUUGCCGCUGCAACCGCCGCGAGCGCAGCAGACGACGCCAGGCGCCGCUCGACGACCGUUAACGCGCCCCGCGCUCUGAGAUCUCGCGUGUGCCGCCCUGGAUUGGCAGAAGAGUCGUCGCAGCGACAGCAGGAGCUGAGCAGCGCGCCACUUCAACAUGGGAAUAGUAGCUGGAACAACGAGCCCGUGACUCUUGUGUGGGGGAGUGUGCUUUUUUUUUUUUUUAUUUGCCUCGACGACUGCACCCUGAGGAUGAAGUCCAAGAGAGGUCGGGACCGGCUGAAACUGCAGCUGUGCUCUGGCGAUGAGUCCCUUCCGUAUCCGCGAGGGGCGCUGGGAGAGCUGUCUCCGCGCAAGCGCCGUGGCAACCUUCCCAAGGAGUCGGUCAAGAUACUGCGCAUGUGGCUGUACGAGCACCGGUACAACGCGUACCCUUCGGACCAGGAGAAGCUUCACCUGUCUCGGGAGGCGAACCUGUCGGUGCUGCAGGUGUGCAACUGGUUCAUCAACGCCCGCCGGCGCAUCCUGCCGGACAUGAUCCGCAAGGAGGGCCACGAUCCCCAUCAGUACACCAUCACCCGAAAGUCCUCCUCAUCGUCAUCCUCCUCUUCAUCCGGCAGGUCGCCGCCAAGCCAGGCGUCCCUGCCUCCACCUUCUCUGCCGCCCCUGGUUCACCACGGCGGCGGCAACCACCACCAGCAGCCGCCGCACUUGGCGCCCGCGCACAGGCACCACGGCGUGCCGCCGUUCGGCGCGUCAGCCGCGCCCUCGUCGGUGCCUCUGAAGGCCGUUAAGGACGAGGACCUCAACAGCGACGACUCCGAGGGCGCCGCCAGCCUCGGCUCGCCGCGCUCGCCGCUCAAGCUGACCAAGCGCUGGCAGCGGAGCCACGAGCGGGACCUCAAGGAGGACCCGUCGCCUUCGUCUUGGGACGAAGACGACGACGACGAGGACGACGAGGAAGGCGAUGAGGACGACGACGAAGGUGACGACGAAGAAGGCGACGACGAGGAGGAGGACGACGAGGAAGAAGACGGCUCGCCCUGGUUUCGCGAGGACGUCAAGGUCGCCGAGAAGUCUCCGGCGGACGACGGCGACCCCUUCAGCUGUCUCUACCUGCUAGUGGACGUUGCCCUGAGUGAACUGGAGAAGCGAGCCGCGUCCAGCUGAUAGCGGACCACGGCCGCCCCGUCCCAUCUCUCUUAGGCGCGGGGUUCCAGCAGCGGACGUCGUGUAACAGCCGUCGCCGGAAGUUUUGGGGGGCCAGGGCACGGGCGCGUCCGCCCUGGAGGAACAGUGAACGUCGCACGCCGGUGCUUCGACGGCGGCUCCCGCAACGCAGCGUGAGUGGUAGAAGACGAGAGGGUAAACGUUCCGUAGUCCUGGACCGCCGAAGUGUGCCGUGCUGGGAAUCCAGGAGCGAUUCGUUCGCGGCCGUGCCUUUGACUCCCGGGCUUUCGAAAACAACCCCCGAAGACGGGUGCGCGCCCGUGCGUGGUGUGUGCGUGUGUGUGUGCCUCUGUGUUUUCCAUGCUCUCCUUAUGACUACUCGCUUUACCUUCCCCGAGUGACAAUUCAUCCGAACUCUCGUUUCGCUCUCUUCAUCUUUUUUUUUCGUUCCGGGGGCGGCGUGUCGAACAUUAGGAGUGCACCCGCCCCUUCGUCCUCACCACUUCCUCACCUCGUCGCGCCCACCUACAUCGCUACCACACGACAAGCACCGCCACCACUACCACCACCACUACCACCGCCAACAGCCCCAGCACCAUGCACCGGUAUCGCCACAAGCAGCACACACACAGACACCGGCAUUUUCUCUCUUUCACUCGACAAAGACACUUAACUUAUUCGGAGCGAGCCGGAUGGGGACCGAACCGAAACGUCCUCGAGUUCGUGCUUUAAACGGGGAUCUGCUGCUGUCGUAGAGCUUCGCGGCGUUCCCGUGCACCACGGACGCUUCGCGUAAACCAAUCGAUUUGUGCGCGUUGCUCGAUCUAUCGGCGCAGCGGGGAGCAUCCCACUUCGUCGGUGUCUCAACGGGACACGUAUAAUCAUAACGCUGUCUACGCUCGACCAGCGUCAAACGAGACACGUGACCUCCCGUUUCAUUCUCAGCGAGCAUAUGUUACUGGAUUGUCAUCUUAUUUUUUAUUUUCUUCUUCUUCUUCUCUUCUUUCGGUUUGUGGAAAAAAAGUGCGUGUGCUUCCUUUGUCCGAAAUAUCGAUAUUGUAAGCCGAGAGUCAGAUAUAAGCGAGAAUGUCCCCUUCCCUGGAAUGUCGACGCCAAUAUGCCUGUUGUUGCUAAGUGCUGUUUCUGGACAUCGUCAAAUUCGGUCGUGUUGCGGAAUCUGCCAUAUUGUCAGUUCUGAUUGGUCUCGAUGACUGCUUCGGGCUUUUUCGAUUGACUCAGAAUGCCGCCGUCUUUCGGAAUUUUUCAGUGUGGCGUAGUCCAUCUAGGCCGUGUCCAGAAUGAGCACCCCUGGCUACGGGGUGGCGACGUCGAGGAGGAGAAACCCUUUAUAAACGCUAGUGCGAGCAGCGUUUUCAAAUUUCGUAACAGCCGAAGUUGACAAGUCAUCAGGCAUCGUAAAUUACGUCAUCGAUAUCACAUGACAACAUCGGAGUCGGUAUUUUGUAGCGAUGGCCUUUUUUCUUCGACGUUGCGUGGUACUAUACCUUUUCAUGGUUUUUGCGCUUGACCAGUGGCUAGAACGACGGUACCCCUGCGUUAUCGACGGGAUCAGUUAGAUACGGCAGAUUUGAGACUAUCGCAGAAUCGAGCAUAACGCAUAUCGCUACAUUAAACCGGCCUAGAUGACGUCAUCGUGAGCACCCGGCUCAAAAUGGCGUUCAGGUUGUCUGGACCCAUGCACAGCAUAGAGUUUCUCCUCCCGACGUUUGUUGCGUCACCGUAACGCAGAAAAACAAAAAUACACUGCAUCAGGAGUGAUGUACAUUCAAAAACGCACUUGUUUGCGCGUAUUGCUUGUGCGAUUGUAAAAAGAGGCGGUGUCGUCGCAAUCGUGAACCGAGCAACGCCUUCCGCUGCAGCA